AUGAUAACUAGAAGUUUAAAAGUCAAUGUAGAACUUCAAAACGAAUAUAAUCUGUCAGUAGACUGUAGAUGUCAUCGAAGCGUUGAAGUAUUCGAUGUAUCAACAAAUUCAAUGAUUGCACUUCGCAAAGAAACUAUAUGGUUGUGUUAUAUAUGCAAGAAAAUAGCAUUUAAUGUGGAGAGAUUUGUUCAUAACGUACAAAGUAACCAGUUUCAGUUUGGGAGAGCAGAAAUUAUUGCAGACUCGACAGUUGCAGACGGAAACAAAAUUGUGCCAUUAGUGAAUUUAUCAAAGGAGAAGUUACAUUCAUUGGACAGUAGGGAGAGUAAAUAUUUAGAAGAAACAGACUCUGAGAUAUUUAGCAGUAAGGAUAUUAAAAUUAAGGUUGAAUUGAAAAAUGAACUAACAACAGAAAAUUUAGAAGAAGUCAUCGGUGAUAGUGAAUUUCAACAGUCAAAUUUGAAAGAGGAAGAUGAUGCUUUACAUGAUGCAAUGAAAGAGGAAUCUGAUUUUUUGGAGAAUAUUAAUUUAAAAUUAUUAAGUAAACAGUUGAAAGAGAAGAAAAAUCUGGAAAAUAGAAAGUCUGAUAUUUAUAAAAAUAGCAAGAAACAUAAAAGUAAAGACUGCUUUGUGACAGUACUACAUAUAACAAAGGAACAGUUUGAUGAGGAGAAACAGAAUAUGAUGAAGGAUCCCAAAUAUGUGAAUAGUGUGUACAGAUGUGUGGACUGUAUAAAAGGAUUCAUAUUCAAAGAGUCAUAUGACAAACACAUGCUGAAACACAGUAAGACCAUGGGUGAGUUUGAGUGUGACGUCUGUAAACAAAGAAUGUCCACCAUGGAGAAGCUGCUCAGCCAUCAGAAGUAUCACAAGAUUCGGUACAAGUGCACGGCGUGUGAGCUGGUCCGGAUCAGCCGGCUCACCAUUACCGACCACUACAGGGCCUGCCACAUGCAGGACAGCUUCCACUACAAGUGUCCACAGUGCGACAAGACCUUUAAACGUCAGAUCUCGUUAAAAAAGCACAUUUCGUACUCUCACAUCAACCGAGGUCGAUCUACGUGCAGCUACUGUCACAAGAGUUACGCGAACAAGGAGGUGCUCAAAGGACAUCUCAUACGUGCCCACCCAUCCGAGGUGUCGUCCACGUCAGCGCCGCAGCACGUGUGCGCUGAGUGCGGGCUCGGGUUCCGCGCGCCCUCCCAACUCAGGAACCACAUGAUCAAACACUCCGACAACAGGAACUUCUACUGUGUGGAGUGUGACAGGAGUUUCAAAUCGGAUGCAGCACUGAAACAACACCUUAAAGUGGCGCUACCUCACGUCAACUACAUGGAACUACCACUGAAGUGUACUCACUGUGACAAGAGGUUCAGCAUCAGAAGAGACUUAGAGCGACACGUGAACAGGGUACACCUCAACAUCAAGCCUCAUCAGUGUGACAAAUGUGAUAAGGCCUACAUAAACGGUUGGUCUUUGAGAGAGCACAAGAGUUACGCGCACGACGGCCGCAAGAGGCCGCUGAAGUUCCCCUGUCCAUACUGUGAUAAGAUAUUUGACCGUAACGCGACCUGCAAGGCGCACGUGCGCACCCACACGGGCGAGCGUCCGUACGGGUGCGUGCGGUGCGGCGCGCGGUUCAGUCAGGCGAGCGUGCUGGCCACGCACGUGAGGCUGGUGCACCUGCACCUCACGCGCGACGGACGGCCCAAACACGCUGCACGCACACACUAG